AUGGGUUUCGAUGGACCAAAUAAGGGGAGUGUAGUUUAUAGAAAGGCUGAUCUUGACGAUACAGAAAAUGAAGAUGUUUGGGAUGAUAGUGCACUGAUUAAAAUGUAUGAUGAAAUGAUCAACCGAACUUAUGAUUCUCUUGGUGCACAGUGUACUUCAGUAACAAAGAAAAAGAAGAAAUUUCGCAAGACUUCUAAAAUAAAGUGGCAUGUAGGUGACCAUUGUAUGGCACCUUAUUAUAAUGAUCAGCUAUGGUAUCCAGCAGUUGUGAAAAAACUUGAUUUGGACGACGGUAAAUGUGACGUGCUUUACGAUGUUUAUGAUGAACUGGCACGUGUCAGUAUUGCGGAUCUUACAAAGAGGUUGCGUACGAGGCCAUCAGUGCCACAUAGGAGACGCCGAUAUGGUUGGCUUAGUUUUUCACGUUUUACCAUGCCGACAAAUUUUGGUAAUGACCGACAAAAAAAACAGCCGCAACAAUGUCGUAAGCGUAAAACUAAGAAUUAUUACCCGAACUGGGCAAAUGAUCUGCAAAUGGAGCAUGGAAAGAAGAUACGGAGAAAGAAUCAGCAGACAUUUACCCUAUUUUCGAAUACUUCUGCCCUCCAAAGAAACGUUAUGUUUGAUUUAUCGCGAAAUGUCUACGUGACGCGUGUAUUGGAUAGUCUCAGAUAUCAGAAGCCAGUGGAAAAUGACGAGGAAGGUACGUCUGAAGGAAAUACCACUCAGGAAACAUUUGAGACAGAGGAAAAAGUUCUACCGACAAAUCAUACGCAGACGCCGACGAAGCAUUUCAAUUAUAUGCAAUCAUCAUCGACAGAUCAUACUUCCAUUCCAUCGUUAGUUCCACCUCCGCCGAUAGCUUUUACCAAUUUGCCACCACCGGAUGAUGACGAAGCAUUGGCAAGUAUGCUGAUGUCAUGGUACAUGACCGGAUAUCAUACCGGUUAUUAUCAAGCCAUCCAAGAUAAAAAGAAGAAAGCAGGAAAGAAAGUUUAG